UACUAAUUUUAAUAAAGAGGAUUUACAUUUACGAUGUUACUUCUACCCCUGAGUCCAGGUUACAGCAGUAGACCUGAAUGAUUGAGAAUGAAAGUGAAAGUGCCAGUGUGGCAGCAACACAUUUGGAUGAAAGGUUUCCGGCGUUAUCCACAUACCACUUCAAAAGUUCGGGAGAUGCAUAUUAUUUUCCUGUGGCUCAGUUCAUCAUCAAAGAGACUUUAUAGACACUCCUUUAUUUAAACAUUGGAAUAGCAGGCUCCAGUGUCAUGCGGCUGUGUCUCCUUUCCCUCCUUGUUAUCAUCAAAGUGUGUCGACUCAAUAUUGUAAGGCGAGACGUGUGCCCACCUCUGCCUCAGUGUGAGCUCACCAAGCCCUUGAAAAAGUUGGAUAGUUAUCAAGAAAACUACUCUGUACACUACCAGUGUGUGGAUGGCUAUGUGAGGAUGGCGGGGACCUCCAGUCGCAUCAAGUGCAAACGAAUUAAUCAGGUUCUUCAGUGGGAAGGCCCAACACUGAUAUGCAUUCCCGACCCAUCUAUUCCAACUACGAUAGUAUCUUCAAUAACCCACAAGAGGACUCCAUCUCCCAUAGUGCACCUCUCAGUGCCCACAGAGAGAAUUAGCCCAAGACCGACCACUCCCAGUUCACUUUUAACUCCAAUACUGCAGAACCAAGAGGUAAUUACUACUGUUACAGUGACAACCACCAUCAUCGAUGACCUUACAUUAGUGCCAGUGGAUAAGUUCAGUGCGGUGACCUCUGUCUUCACGAAGACUGUUUCUCCAUCAGAGAAUUACUGUGUCUCCAACAGAACCCCAGCCUCCAGUGAGGAUCCAGUUGGCGAUGGAAGCACUGGGAAGAGUUCUGCUACAGCCAUAUAUGCGGGUGUAGGUGGGGUGGUAGUAACCAUCUUGCUGGUUGCAGCGUUUGGAGUACUAAUGUUUUGGAGAAGGAAAUGGAUGCAGUGGCUUGAUCUGUCGCCAACACCAGACGAAAUAGUGCAAAUUAAUGUUGUGACAUGAGCCACACUGACAACCAGCAGCCACUUAGAAAAGACAAAAGUGCAUCAGUCUGAUGGUGGGGGGACAAUGACCUUGGAUUGGACAAGAGGUGGACCAAAAAUGUAUGGCCCCGACCUCGUUGUCCUCGUGUGGAAAAUUAAAAUACCUAAAGCAUCACCCAAAUUGAUUAAUUUAAGACAUAUUGAUUAAUUUAAUGUAUUAAUUAAUAUCCUUAAACUAUUUUGAGGAUAGAUUCUAAAUUAAUAUGGAAGCAUAUUGGUUAUAUUAAAAAACAAUGAACUACAGUGCAUUCAGAAAGUUUGCAGACCCCUUGAAUUUUUCCACAUUUUGUUACAGCCUUAUUUUUAAAAAAUCAAAAAAUCCAAACAUAAUGACAAAGCAAAAACAGAUUUUUAGACAUUUUUGCAAAUGCAUUACCAAUAAAGAACUGAAAUAUCAAAUUUACAUAAGUAUUCAGACCCUUUACUCAGUACUUUAUUGAAGCACCUUUGGCGGCGAUUACAGCCUCGAGUCUUCUUGAGCAUGAUGCUACAAGCUUGGCAUAACUGUAUUUGGGGAGUUUCUCCCAUUCUUCUCUGCAGAUCCUCUCAAGCUCUGUCAGGUUGGAUGGGGAGCGUCGUGACACAGCUAUUUUCAGGUCUCUCCAGAGAUGUUCGAUCGGGCUCAAGUCCGGGCUCUGGCUGGGUCCCUCAAGGGUAUUCAGAGACUUGUCCCGAAGCCACUCCUGCGUUGUCUUGGUUGUGCGCUUAGGGUCGUUGUCCUAUUAGAAGGUGAACCUUCGUCCCGGUCUGAGGUCCUAGGCGCUCUGGUGCAGGUUUUCAUCAAGGAUCUCUCUGUACUUUACUUUACAUCUUUCCCUCAAUCCUAACUAGUGUCCCAGCCCCUGCCACUGAAAAACAUACCCACAGCAUGAUGCUGCCACCCCCAUGCUUCACAGUAGGAAUGGGAUUGGCCAGGUGAUGAGCGGUACCUGGUUUCCUCCAAAUGUGACGCUUGGCAUUCAGGCCAAAGAGUUCAAUCUUGGUUUCAUCAGACCAGGGAAUCUUGUUUCUCAUGGUCUGAGAGUCCUUUAGGUGCCUUUUGGCAAAUUCCAAGCAGGCUGUCAAGUACCUAUACUGAGGAGUGGCUUCCGUCUGACGACUCGACUAUAAAGGCCUAAUUGGUGGAGUGCUGCAGAGAUGGUUGUCCUGGAAGUUUCUCCCAUCUCCAUAGAGGACCUCUAGAGCUCUGUCAGAGUGACCAUCGGGUUCUUGGUCACCUCCCUGACCAAGGCCCUUCUCCUGAUUGCUCAGUUUGGCGAGCGACCAGCUCUAGGAAGAGUCUUGGUGGUUCCAAACUUCUUCCAUUUAAGAAUGAUGAAGUCACUGUGUUCUUGGGGACCUUCAAUGCUGCAGACAUUUUUUGAUACCCUUCCCCAAAUCUGUGCCUCGACACAAUCCUGUCUCUGAGCUCUACGGACAAUUUCUUCGACCUCAUGGCUUGGUUUUUGCUCUGACAUGCACUGCCAACUGUGUGACAUUAUAUAGACAGGUGUGUUCCUUUUACAAUUCAUGUCCUAUCAAUUAAAUGUACCACAGGGGGACUCCAAUCAAGUUGUAGAAACAGCUUAAGGAUGAUCAAUGGAAACAGUAUGCACCUGAGCUCAAUUUCGAGUCUCAUAGCAAAGGGUCUGAAUACUUCUGUAAAUAAGGUAUUUUUGAUUUUUUAUACAUUUGUAAAAAUGUCUAAACCUGUUUUUCCUUUGUGUGUAGAUUGAUGGGGGGAAAAAUGUUGUUUCAUCCAUUUUAGAAUAAGUUUGUAACCUAAAUCAAAAAAUGUGGAAUAAGUGAAGUGAAUCAUUUCCGAAUGCACUGUAUAACUUGGGUUACUAUACAGAUAUAACAAUUGUUUUACUGUAUCCAUUACAAAGACCAUAGUAACCCAAUUAAUCACUAAAUAGUCUGUCACUCCCAAACAGAAGACAUCUGCAUUGGUACCAAUUUAUUUUUAAAUGUUUUAACUUACAUUUCCUUGUUUAUACAUUACCAGCCAAAAAUGUUCACACCUACUCAUUCCAGGGUUUCUUUCUUUUUACUAUUUUCUACAUUGUAGAAUAAUAGUGAAGACAUCAAAACUAUGAAAUAACACAUAUGGAAUCAUGUAGUUACCAAAAUAGUGUUAAUCAAAUCCAAAUAUAUUUUCUAUUUCUAUUUCUAUUUCUAUUUCUAUUCUACUUCUAUUUCUACUUUCUAUUUGAGAUUCUGCAAAGUAGCUACCCUUUGUCUCGAUGACAGCUUUGCACUCUUGGCAUUCUCUCAACCAGCUUCAUGAAGUAGUCACCUGGAAUGCAUUUCAAUUAACAGGUGUGCCUUGUUAAGUUACUUUGUGGAAUGUAUUUCCUUCUUAAUCUGUUUGAGCCAAUCAGUUGUGUUGUGACAAAGUAGGGUUGUUUAACUGGCCUUUUGUAUCUUUCAGACCAGGGAAUCUUGUUUCUCAUGGUCUUUCAGAUACAAAAGGCCCAACUGGCUGGAAUAAUUUACCUGUAGAAAUCAGGGCAUCAAGUACAGUGAAUUUAAGAAAGCUGUUAAUAUACAAAUAUGGUCACAUAAUGUUUGUUUUUUAUUUGUAUUAUGUAAGUUGAAUGUUUUAUUAUUUGACAGUAGUUGCCAUAUUACAGUUGCUUUGUUUUUUAAUUUGGACACUUUGUAGUUACAUCCAUGUACGUGCAAAUGUGAGAAAAUUACAGUUUGUGCUAUUUUUGUGUACAGUGCUAAGAGGUUGAAAAUGUAAAAUUGGGAAGAUUGCACCUUUCCCUAAUAAACAUUUAGUGGUGCCAGUGGC